AUGUCAACCCAACAAUGUAAAUGUAAUUGGUUAUGCCUGCAUCGGAAACUGGCAAUCUUGUGGUUUUUCUUUCCUGGUGCCAUCGUUUCUUCAAGUGUGGUCAAAACAAGCGGGCCGUCCGAUCUCCAGAACUCAGAUGAUGGGAAAUAUAUAAUGAGAUCUUAUUUUGACAACUAUGAGAACCUGGAUGAUUCAAGUUUUGAAAAUUUUAUGGCACAUGAACUUUCUUCCAGUUUGUAUCGAAUGACUCCCGAAAACCAGAAUCGUGGCGUGAGGCUAUCGGUGCGAGAGCUCUCUCUUGUUGGAGACGGUUCUCAUCGACAAUUAUAUUUUUCUAUCAGAUUGCAGACUGGCGAAGAGUCCAUUCCUGAAUUACCUUCUCAUAUAUGUGAAGUUAUAGUUAUACAAAGACUACCCCUUGGAGUAUUUGCUGACCCGUUUGAGCUUCAAAAUCUUCAAAAGCGGAUGGGAUUUAGAAAUAUAGCUGUUUUCGGAGACACCAACUUAGAAUUACCUUCAUUUCAGUCCAAUCGGUCCGCUGUUGAAGUCCACAUCGAUGCCGGAUCAGGCAUCUUGUUUAUGCGGAACACUGGAAUGGAAAUCAACAUACUGCUUCCACUACAUGCACGAUAUCAAGUAAGUGAAAGAAAAAGCACGUAUUUGCUGAAAGUUCAUACAUUUUUUUUGUGUUUGCGGGCCCUUAAUGAAAGUGGCUAUUCUAUUGUCGAAAUCGGUGAACCUGAUAUCUUUGAGAUGCAGCAUGGAAGGAAAGCAAGAUAAGCAGAGUUGUUUGUUUAGGUCACUCGAGGACAGUGCUAAAUCCAGAAUCAGUACUGUCAAAUGGA